AUGGCCACUUGCGCGAGUGACUCCGGUAGUCCGGUUGUUGUAAAUCGGGUGGACAUAAGUGGUUCCAUGAUAUCGCUGAUUACCGGUGUGGUUUCGUUCGGAACAACCUGUGUUCCCGGUUUGGUCGGAGUAUAUACUAAAGUAAGCGAGUACGUGGAAUGGAUCGAACAAAUGACACAAACGUCAAUGAGUUAUAGAGCGUUCAAAUUCCUUUCAGCUUGUACCAAGGAAAUAAAGUGUUUUAGAAAGCCUGGCGAGCCUAGUAACAUGAACAUAAACCUGUUCAAAACCAACAGUCGGUUUGGUCUUCUGUGGGACGAGCUCGAAGGCUCCCCGAACGAGUGUGGAGCAACAUUGAUCGACUAUCAGUAUCUUCUUACUACGGCUUCCUGUGUAACGACGAGCAAGGGUCACCCGAAGUUUGUCAUUUCCACUCGUGGCGAACGUGUAGCGAUUUCAAAUGUUUACGUGUCGCAUAAUUAUAGUUCACCAACAAAUGACAUAGCACUACUGAAGAUUGACAAGUACGCUAAUCACAAUGUAUACCCGCCCGUUUGUUUAUGGGACCAUCAAAGCGAUGGAGAGUAUCAAUUUUCUCCAGAGUUUAGUGCAUACGGACUGGAGGAACCUAUUGGCGAGUCUAGUGAGUCCCUUUUCGUUACUGAUCGCACUGGUUCGGGAUGUGAGGAGGAGCUGGUAUCGGGAACAGAUUUGCAGUGCUUUCACAACGAGGUACCGCUAAUGCCGGGAGUAUGUUGGGUUGGUCUAUAA